UGCAGUUGCAGUUAGAUAUAGUCAAUCAAAAUGGCAUAUAAAUUAUGUUUGACGUUGCUGUUUACCAUUUUAACCAUUUGCAAAUCAAACUGCAAAGAAUUGGUGUGUGAAAGUCCACCGAAAUAUUACAUUCCCAAUGCGAAGAUUAAUUGGAUAGGAGCGGUAGAGUACUGCAACCGUUUGAACAUGCGGCUGGCCAUCGUCGACAGUGAAGCGAAACACAACACUAUCGUGGAACUGAUAAAGCGGUCCGUGGCAUACAACGCGAAUGGGACCAAUGUUUGGAUCGGCGCGAACGAUAUCUCCGAGGAAGGCACAUUCAUUUGGCAUGAUACGGGUCUUAAGGUCGAUUACAAGAAUUGGUCCGUGGGCAAUCCGGAUAACCAUAUCGAAGAGGAUUGUGUGGAGAUCGCAUUUAGGAGUUACACGAAAUGGACUUGGACCUGGAACGACAACAAAUGUCACGUGCUUCUUAACUUUAUUUGUGAAUUUUGGUGAGGGGUCCAAGUGGAUAAGUCAAAGUUAAAAUAUAAUUUUAGUUUAUUACAUAAAAUCAUUAACAUUAACAGAUCAAAGGUGGAAGAACAAAAGCAUUAGUAUAGCAGUAGAGAACUCGAAGU